AAAAAUUUGGAAACUGUCUCUUUCUUUUAAGUUUGCUUCUAACAAGAAGAACGCAAAUGCUUACCAUUUUAGAAAGAUGGAGAUGGCUAGGCUGUCAAAGUUGAUGUUUAUGUUUUGUAUUGCCGUUCUGAUUCCGACCAUUCGAGGUAACAUUUCUGAGCUGGACGAGUAUUGGUCGAAACGAGCCGACGAAGCCAGAGAAUUCACUCUUCAAGCUUACCAUUCUGAUCCUUACGAAAUCGUCGAUCACUUUCAUGAGCGUCAUUACGACAACUCUACUGAUGUUACAACGGCUGAGGAAGAAGGUGAUGCGAAGCCUGAAGAGGAGGAAAAAGAGUUCAUUGAAAUGCUCGGAAGCUCGACGAACAGCACCAGACGAAGCUUAAGAGGUAAAGGUAAAGGCAAAUGGAGUAAGCUAAAGGGACCUUGUACCGCAAGUAACCCGAUAGAUAAAUGUUGGCGUUGCCGAUCGGAUUGGGCAAAGCGUCGGAAGAAGCUUACACGUUGUGUCCGAGGGUUCGGUCACAGGACGACCGGAGGAAAACGAGGACGCAUCUACGUGGUUACAAGCAACCUCGACGAAGACAUGGUGAACCCUAAACCCGGGACAUUGCGUCAUGCCGUGAUUCAAAAGGAACCUCUCUGGAUCAUUUUCAAGAACGAUAUGAGCAUUCGGUUAAACCAAGAGCUUCUGAUUAAUAGCCACAAGACUAUCGAUGCACGAGGAGCUAAUGUCCAUGUAGCCCAUGGCGCAGGGAUCACAAUGCAGUUUGUGAAAAAUGUCAUCAUCCAUGGACUACACAUUCACCACAUUUCCGAGAGUAGCGGUGGUAUGAUCCGAGACUCGGUAGACCAUUUUGGAAUGAGGACUAGAGCUGAUGGAGACGGUUUAUCGAUUUACGGUUCGUCUAACAUUUGGCUUGAUCAUAUUUCGAUGUCGAAAUGUCAAGAUGGACUCAUCGAUGCCAUUGUUGGAUCCACUGGAAUUACAAUCUCCAACUCUCACUUCACUCACCACAACGAUGUGAUGUUGCUUGGUGCUCAAAACACGAAUGAAGCAGACAAGCAUAUGCAAGUCACAGUUGCUUAUAACCAUUUUGGUAAAGGACUUGUACAGAGAAUGCCAAGGAUCCGAUGGGGAUUUGUUCAUGUUGUGAACAACGACUACACUCACUGGGAGCUUUAUGCGAUUGGAGGUAGUCAAGGUCCUACGAUUCUCAGCCAUGGAAACCGAUUCAUAGCUCCUCCACACAAACCUCAUUACAGAGAGGUGACAAAGAGAGAUUAUGCUUCGGAGGAUGAGUGGAAACACUGGAACUGGAGAUCUGAGAAAGAUGUAUUCAUGAAUGGUGCUUAUUUCAGACAAUCUGGUAAUCCUCAAUACAAAUGUGCACACACAAGACAACAAAUGAUCAAACCGAAACAUGGAUUGGCUGUUUCAAAGCUGACCAAAUAUGCCGGAGCACUUGAUUGCAGAGUCGGGAAACGCUGAACUUUUUUUUUUGGUGAGAUUUUUAUGGGGUUUGAGAUGAAACCAGAGAAAGAGGUUAUGGAAUUGAUUUCGAGUAAGAACCAUUGUAUGUCUAGUCCCAAUUCUGUUAAUAAUAAGAAGAAGAAGAACAACAAGAACAAGAAUAAGAAGAUGAUGAUGACGUGGCGACGGAAGAAGAUUGAUUCUCCGGCGGAUGAGAUCACGGCGGUGCGGCGGUUGUUUAAUACUUGCAAGGAAGUGUUCUCUAAUGGUGGUCCUGGUGUUGUUCCUUCUGAAGACAAAAUUCAACAGCUACGAGAGAUUCUUGACGAUAUGAAACCAGAGGAUGUCGGUUUAACUCCGACCAUGCCGUAUUUCCGACCAAACGCCGGAGUCGAAACUCGGUCUUCGCCACCGAUUACGUAUCUGCAUCUACACCAAUGUGAUCAAUUCUCGAUUGGGAUUUUCUGUUUGCCGCCUUCUGGUGUUAUUCCUCUUCAUAACCAUCCAGGGAUGACAGUUUUUAGUAAGCUUCUCUUUGGUACAAUGCACAUCAAGUCGUAUGAUUGGGUGGUUGAUGCUCCAAUGAGAGAUCCCAAAACCCGGCUAGCAAAACUGAAGGUGGACUCAACAUUCACCGCGCCAUGCAACGCCUCGAUUUUGUACCCUGAAGAUGGCGGGAACAUGCAUCGGUUCACAGCUAAAACAGCAUGUGCGGUGCUAGACGUGCUUGGACCUCCUUACUGCAAUCCAGAAGGCAGACAUUGCACCUAUUUCCUAGAAUUCCCUUUUGACCAAUUUUCAUCAGAGGACGAUGACAUUUUGAGAAGUGAAGAGGAGAAGGAAGGUUAUGCAUGGCUGCAAGAAAGGGAUGAUAAUCCAGAAGAUCAUACUAACGUAGUUGGAGCGUUAUACAGAGGCCCAAAGGUUGAAGAUUGAGAGCUUUUUUUUAUCCAUUUCGAAGCACUUUCUUCUUUUUCUUAGAUUUGAAUUCUUCUUUGUACAAAAAAAAAGGAAAGGAAAACAGAAAAAAAGAAAAGGUACUCUUACUGUUUUUAGUCAAAAUCUUUAGGUCUCUGUUCAAGUUUUUUUUCAAUAGUAACCAAAUAAAAUAGACUAUACUUA